CAAUACAUGGUUGUUCCCAAGGGGCAGCCUAGGGUCGUCCACAAAUGUAAUGGUAAUGCUGAACGACAGUCGAACUGACGAUGUAAAAAAAUAUCUAAUGUAUAAUACUUCCAAUAUGGACUGCGCCGUCAUUAAAGUGGAAACAAUGACUGCAAAGGGCGUCUCUCUUCUGGUUAAGGAAGCAAACGGCAACAAAGGAAAUGGUGAUUUCUCAGUGUCAGUAUAUUUAUAUCUUGCGGUAACAAAUCCCAAUAACACGGUUCCAAGCGACUGUAACGAAACAUACGCUAAAUAUGUUACCGGAACAAAUCAGACGAUUUAUACAACGGAUUGCCAGAGCUCAAGCGGAAACGCUCACUGAUGAAAAGGAGAACUUCUACGUAGCAUCCAAUUCUUGGAUAUGUCUCCUUUAUAUAUGGUCUAUAAAAAGGAAAUGUGCAACGUACAGUUUUGUAGGUCAUAAUUGCUGCUAGCGAAAUAGUUACAUUUAGGUGCUUAAAAUAAAAACUAUUCAA